UCAACACGGCCAUCGCGGGCUGCCCACCUUCCUCGUCCACCUCGUCCCUGUGAGACGGGACGGGGGGACACACGGGGGUCUCUGCACUGCUGACCCAGCACCUGGGGGAGCUCUCCCGCCCUCCCCCUCUGGGGAGGGGUCUCCUCUGUGCUCCCCUCUAACUGCUCAUGAAGUCUCAGCGGUAACAUGUAAAAACAUUCCUGCGGUAGCCACGUAAAGUCCCGGGACAAACACACAGCUAAUCCCUUCCUGGGUGUGACCCGGGGUGUGCCCAGUGCCAGCCACGCACGUGGCCCUCUGCCCACGUCAGCAGCCCGGCACCUCCCGGCUCCCUGCUCGGGGCUGGGGGCAGCCACGUCGCGCGGCCGCCCGGCCCCCAGCCGAGGGCCUCGCCCGCCCGCACUGGGCACAACAGCCUCUGGCUCCUCUUCUCCGUGUGGACCUAGCUCAGCUCCUAACAAAGGGUCCCGGGCGGGGGUCAUGGGUGGGGCGGUGGAAGCCAUCUGGGCUCGCUGGGCAAACAGGGGAGAUUAUAAGAGCACCCCCGGCAGAGGCAGCCGCACAUUCUCCAGGUCGCCCUCGGCGCAGCCGGCCACGGACAUGGACACCCGAGGCCCCUGGCUCCUGGCAAUGCUUCUCCUCCCGGGGCUGUGUGCCCUGGCCAGCGCCGAGAAACCUGCUGCCUGCCGCUGCUCGAGGCUGGAGCCCAAGAACAGGAAGAACUGUGGCUUCCCCGGCAUCACCAGCGAGCAGUGCUUCGAAGGCGGCUGCUGCUUCGACUCCAGCGUCGUCGGGGUCCCCUGGUGCUUCCAUCCACUGCCGGCGCAAGAUUCGGAGCAGUGUGUCAUGGAAGUCUCGGCUCGCAAGAACUGCGGCUACCCGGGCAUCAGCUCCGACCUCUGCGCCGCCCGCAACUGCUGCUUCUCCAACACCACCCCGCAGGUGCCCUGGUGUUUCUACCCGCAAUCCGUGGAAGACUGCCAUUACUGAGGCCCGGCUGCCGAGACCCCGACCGGCUCUCGAUGUCCCGAGACACCGGAGCGAACCCCGCAUCCGGUCGGCUCCACGGCUCCUGAACCCCUGUUCUGUCUUAUGCCUUUCAGUGGUAUGACGUCUUCAAAUAGAGAAAAAUUUUAAAAUCUG